AUAACAAAAUGCGCGUUGUGUGCUACUAAUAUCAUCUGCACGCGUGCCGAUUUAUCCGCACUAUGCGCGUUCACUGGACCACUCAGAUGCGUCAUCAUAUGCGAUCCAUAACUGUCGCAUAUUGUGAUGGGCACAUGCGUGACGGUAUAAUGCGAAUAAAUUAUAUUUAUACUUCAGCCUUAUUUGAAUUAAAUAAAAAGAAAAGAUUAUUGACAUUAGUAAUUUUUUUUAAAUUAAAAUGUUAUUUAUAAAAACGAUUUUAAUUUAAUAUUUCAGUACAAUUUUGGAAUUGAAAUUGUUAAAAACUUCCAAAUUCUUUUUUUGAGGUUAUAUCUAAUACAACAAAAAUAUAUAUGUACUUUAAACAAAUUAAAUUUAACUUUCUUAUUUUGCUGCAGUACUAAAAAUGAAAUCCACAAUAAUUCCUCACAAUAAUAUCGCAAUAAAAAACAAUAAAAAAUGAAAUCACAAUAAAAACUUAUUUUGAUAACACACCACAAACAAUGCUGUCGCCAUUAUAAAAUGUGUGAUUGCCGAUACGGGUGGUUGCGCAUCAUUAAUUGCGUGCGUAUUAAGUGCAGUUCACUGCACACGCAUUCACAGCAUUCGCACUGUGGAUGGUAAAAUGCGUAUGGAUUGACUCUUCUAGCGAGUCGCACUUGUGAACGGAACAUGCUUAUCAUUUUGUAUCACAGGCGCUUACGAAAUGCAGUUCACAACACUCGCAUUAUUACCAGCGUCACAGACGAUAGUAAGAUGCGUAUAUGAACCGACUAAUCUGAUACAAUUUGGAAAUAAAAAAUGAAUUUCGAGAGCUUGACGGUCGAGGAGCUAGCGACUCACUUAAUAAAUGGCCAUAAUAUUGAUCAGGAAACAAUUGAGAUCUUGAAAGACCAGUAUAUUGAUGGAAGCAGUUUCUUAGAACUAACACUAACCGAUUUAGUGGAUUUAAUGAAAAUAAAAAUUGGACCUGCAAAAAAAAUACAAAAAGUAAUUAAACAGAAUAAAGGAGCUAACAUGCAAAUGGUCGAAAAUGUGAUGGAGUUUAUUGUGGAUCCACAAACUGGAGCAUUAGAUGAUGUCCCUCCUGUUGCAAUUAAUGUCCCUCAAGCUCCACAACAUAUUAAUCGACCAACAACUGGGGAAGAUAUUCCAUUUUCAAAAUAUACAACAGUCAGGGAAACACUGGAACAACACACUCAAGGAAUUUCUCUGAUAAGUGCUAUUAACAAAGGUCAUUUUGGGGAAGAAGACCGACGUGCCUUGGUACGCAUAUUGGUUUCGGAAUUGAUAAGCAAAUAUGAAAAUCUAUAUCCUCCAGAUGACGCUAAAUGGGCUUUAGCUAAAGCUAUAGUUAGGGAAUUUCCUUCCUUAAGAGAUGUGAGUGUACCUGGAUCAGCGGGAUGUGAACACUUUUUUGAUAAAACAACCAGAAAAGGAUUUCUAGAGUUUAGACUCUGGAAUGCUCGAAAAGUUGUCAGCCCUUCAAAAAAAAAAUAUGUCACAACAAAAAAUAAAAGUUCCAGGACGAAGAAGACAAGUGAUGCAACUGUUGCUGAUGUGGAUAAUUUGUUGCUUCCGGAAGAAUUAGAAGAAAAAAUAACUUGGAUGCAACUCACUAUGCCUCGUGUUGAUAAAAAAAGGGGGAUAACUGAUUGUUUGAUGGAAACUUAUAAUGACAGACGCAACUGGAUUAAAACUGAAAUCCCUACGAUUCAUGACAUUAUGUCGAAAUACCCACGGCUGUUUGAUUUUAAUGGAGAAAUGAUCGAAUUGGAGUUCAUAAAGUUAUUUACCGAAGAAUUAAACAAUAAUUUUUUGGCUCGUUUCCCAACAUACUACACAGAAAUUAUAAUUGGAUAUUGCAAAACAAAGCGUCCCGAUAUUUUUCGGAAAACUUCUGUGUUAAAAGACGAAAAUUGGAAAGCCUUAGCAAUUUUAGAUGCACUGCUGCCUUCUUCUAAUUUUAUAAAGAAAAGAAAAGCCAACGAAAUUUCCAAAGGCAAAAAAAAGGCCAAACUUUCAGAAAAUCAGGCACAAGAAAAAAUAGUAGCUGAUGUCUGUUCAUCGUCAAACAGUUUUCCAAACCCAGAUUUAAUUAGAAUUAUCCCGGAAGGAACAAAUGUUACUGAUUAUAUUCAAAACGUAAUUAAGGAAGCAAGUGGAAGUCUUCAACCUUAUGUUUUAUGUGUGUCAGGUCAAAAAUUGGAUAAAUAUUUUAUCCAAGUCGAUGGAAAAUUAAUAGAAAUUGAUUCUAAUGCACACCCGAUCACUGCCUUUGACAUUCUUUUUAAAAUUCAUUUUGUGACAAAUGUUGAAUUUGCAGAUUCUCUUUUUUUCUUUUAUAAUUUCAUAGAAUAUUAUGUCUACAAAAGACAAGUGACAUUAAAAAAUUCUGUUGCGUCAAUGCAUUCUUCACUCAAUAAUUUUAAGGAACAAAACUAA